AUGGUGCUUGUAGUAAAAAACGACAUGGAAUCCCAGUCGCUGUUGAACGACCAAAAUCACCACGCGGCAAAUGACAUUACGGAAGGAAACAAAAAGAAAUCCACGCGAGGCUUCGUGAACUCGUUCCUCCACCAAUCUCGCAUCGCGACGAGCGGGUUCGUCAUGUUUGCCAUCUUAUCCUCCCUGAUUCUCGUCAGUUUCAACCAAGGGUACGGGUCUGUCAAAACGGACGGAGAAAGCAUUUUGGCCGCCUUGGGGAAGAAGAAAUCUUCAUCUGGUUUAGGCCACAAAUCGCACUCGCAUACCAACGCGCACGUCAUCGACGUCCCGUUCGCGGACGACAGCGACAAGCACAACAACAAAGCAUCGCACAACAAGAAAAACGGUGCAUCAUCGAAAAAGAAAAAACAAGAGGAAAACUGCGACCCAGCCGAGGCGGAUAUGGCGAAAGGUAUCUUCGCGUACCCGGAUCCGGCGUGUAUGAACGGCGAAACCGCCGGGUGUUCGGGAGAUCCAACCAGCGGGAACCCGAGCACGUGCCGCUUUUGCAACACGUUGAUGGCGCAAGUGAAAACGCCGACCUGGGCGACGUGUCCGCAAUCUGUCUGUAAGAAGCACGGGGUCAUGGGGUGCGAAGGAGACUCGGUCGAGGACUUGGAGUGGAAGUCGUACGUGGACGAUAUUCGCAAACACAACGCGCGCGUGGAACAAAUUGGCAUCACGAGCGCGUGCGAAGGGACGCCAGCCGAUCGAGAGUUGGGGAGGUUCAUGUUCCACGACGGUAAGUGUGGAGAGAAGUUGUUACCGGCGUGCGACGGAAACCAAGUGACGCAAUGCCGAUUUUGCUCGGCGGCGAAGAAAGCGAGCGCGGCGAGCAUGACGUGGCCGACGUGCCCGGACGUGGUCUGCGCCAGAUGGGGUAUCAAAAUGGAUCACUGCGAAAUGCCGCUGGCGAUGUACCAGUUGCCGACGAAAAGAACGGAAAAGAAUAGAAAGACGAACGAGUUCCCGGAACCGAGGGUGGACAACGUGAAAACGGAAAAGCUGCACAAAAAGACUUGGAAAGACGCCGAGGAUUUGAUCAGCAGCGAAGACGCGAACUCGUCGAACCGAGAUCACAUGCCGAGACCGUGGCGCAUGGGAGACGAUUACGCCGACAUGCAACGCGUGGCGAAGAACUUCAUCACGAAGAAUUAA